UCCUCCUCCUCCUCCUCCUCCUCGCUUUUCCAAAUCUCUCUCUCUCUCUCUCUCUCUAGAAGCGAUGGAGAACGCGAAGGAGAGCGGCGACAAGACCACCGAUGGGAACCCUAACCCUAACUCUAAUCCUAAUCCCUCCGCCGGAGAAGACGAGCCCCGGGCCGUCCCAUCGGCGGCGGAGGCGGCGGAGCAGGCGGUGGCGCGGGCUCGGACGCGGACGCCGUUCACCAGCCUCAGCCAGGUCGACGCCGACCUAGCCCUCGCCCGAGCCCUACAAGAACAGGAGAGGGCGUACAUGAUGCUGCGGAUGAACGGAGGGGAGGGGAGCGAUUACGGGAGCUCCGAGGCCGGGAGCUACGAGUACGAGGAGGGCGACGAGUUCGGCCACGAUCACCCGAUCGAGGACGGGGGGAGCGUGGAGGGGAGCGACUACGGGGAGGACGCGUUCGACGCCAACGCCCACGAGCUCGACCCGGCCGAUUUCGAGGACGACGAGGCCUUCGCCCGGGCGCUCCAGGACGCGGAGGAGCGGGAGGUCGCCGUCCGGUUGAUGGCCCUCGCCGGGCUCAACGAUUGGCGCGCGGCGGAUCACGAGGUGGAGGAGGAGGAGGAUGAGAGCAACUCUCAGAUGAAUGAUCAGGAUGCAUGGCAAGAGGUGGAUCCAGAGGAGUAUACAUAUGAGGAGUUGAUCGCAUUGGGCGAUGUGGUUGGGACGGAGAGCAGAGGCCUUUCUGCUGAUACAAUUGCAUCUUUGCCUUCGGCGAACUACAAGGCGCAAAAUGUGCAAGAUGGCAACACUGAGCAAUGUGUUAUUUGCCGGGUGGAAUAUGAGGAAGGUGAAAAUCUGGUUGUGCUUUCUUGCAAUCAUACAUAUCAUCCUGAGUGCAUAAAUAAAUGGCUUCAAAUAAAUAAGGUCUGUCCAAUGUGCAGCGCCGAGGUCUCUACCUCAGAAAACGGGCAGGAGUGAUUGCCCCUCAUUAAACUCGGGGAAGGAUCCAUUUAACUUAAAAAAGCCUUUCACUGGGCGGGAGAAAUUUGCUGCUUGUACUAGAUGCUGUAGUUACUCUUUCAUCUGUACUUAAAAAACCCUCUUUACUCUCAUCUUUCUUGUUGCUGGUGGCAUUUGUUUAGGUUUACAAAGCAUGUUGCUGCCACUGCUCCAUAGUAUAUCAUCAUCGUCAUCCGCAUCAUCAUCAUUAUCAUCAUCAUCAUUCAUGCAGUAUUCUCACUCAUAAAUGUUGUUGUUGCUAUGUGCUAUAAAAGAUUCAUCUUACUUCUCCUUUUAGA